AUGGCUACCACACCCGGCUCUGCGAACCCUCUGGGUGAGCAGACUGCUCCUGUCACCGCUCCUCCUCCUGCCGUCCCUGAAAACGUUACGUCUGAGAUCCAGCAAGCCGCCAAAGAUGGCCAAUCCGAACCGGGCAAGGUGAAGAGCGAGAAGGAAUUGGAAAGAGAGCGAAGAAAGGCCGAGAAAGCCAAGAAGUUUGCUGAAAAGCAGGCAAAAGCUGCUGCCGCGAAACCUGCGCAACCCAAGGCCGAGAAGAAAGAGAAGGUUAUCGAGAAGACUACCGACGCGUAUGAUCCGGCAGCAAUUGAAGCCGGCCGCUACGAGUGGUGGGAGAAGAAGGGGUUGUUCAAGCCUCACUUUGAUGCAAAUGGCGAAGUGAAACCCGAUGGUGUCUUUUCUAUGACUUGCCCUCCUCCCAAUGUUACUGGUGCCCUUCAUAUGGGCCACGCCCUCAUGGUGGCUCUCCAAGAUACGAUGACUCGUUACUACCGAAUGAAGGGCAAGACAACCGUAUGGGUUCCGGGUACAGAUCACGCCGGUAUUUCGACCCAGAGCGUUGUUGAGAAGAUGUUGUGGAAGGAGAAGAAACAAACUCGUCACGACCUCGGCCGACCGGAAUUCUUGAAAUUGACACAAGACUGGAAAGACAGAUAUCAAGGAUCUAUUCUCACUUCGUUGAAGGCAAUGGCUGCUUCGCUCGAUUGGUCGCGCGAAGCUUUCACGAUGAACCCCAACUUCUCCGCGGCUGUUACGGAGACUUUCUGCCGUCUUCAUGAAGAAGGAACAAUCUACCGUGCCAAUCGACUUGUCAACUGGUGUUGUGCUUUGAAUACAUCUUUGUCCAAUUUAGAAGUCCAGAAUCAAGACGUUUCUGGCCGAACAUUACUUGAUGUUCCUGGGUAUGAGAAGAAGGUCGAAUUCGGUGUCCUCACACACUUCUGUUACGAGAUUGAGGGUACCGGCGAGCGUAUUGAGAUUGCUACUACCCGACCUGAGACAAUGCUUGGUGAUACAGGUAUUGCUGUACAUCCUGAUGACAAGAGGUAUCAGCAUAUCAUCGGCAAGAAAGCUAAGCAUCCAUUCGUCGACCGUCUCCUUCCUAUUGUUGCAGAUUCAACUGUUGCCAUGGACUUUGGUACUGGUGCCGUCAAGUUGACUCCUGCUCACGACUUUAACGAUUAUGCUCGCGGAAAACAACAUGGUCUUGAGUUUGUGUCAAUCUUGAACGAUGAUGGUACUCUUAAGGACAAUUGCGGUCCCUUCUCAGGAAUGAAGCGAUUCGACGCCAGAUAUGCCGUUAUUGAGAAGCUCAAGGAGGCCGGUCUUUACGUCAAGUGGGAGAACAAUCCUAUGGUUAUUCCCCGUUGUGAGAAGAGUAAGGAUAUCAUUGAGCCUGUGCUUAAGCCACAGUGGUGGAUGAAGAUGGAUGACAUGGCCAAGGCCGCCAUGGAAGCCGUCGAGAAGAAGGAAAUCACCAUCAGCCCGCUCUCUGCUGAGAAGAACUUUUUCCAUUGGAUGAGAAACAUCCAGGAUUGGUGCAUUUCUCGUCAGCUUUGGUGGGGUCACCAAGCACCAGCUUGGCUCGUUCAGAUUGAAGGCCAGGUUGCCGAUGAUGGUGACAGCAACUUGUGGGUGAGCGGCCGUUCUGAAGAAGAGGCCCAAGCCAAGGCUGCCGCCAAGUUCCCCGGCCAGAAAUUCACUCUCAAGAGAGACGAAGAUGUUCUCGACACAUGGUUCUCUUCGGGCCUGUGGCCUUUUGCAACAUUGGGCUGGCCCAACACUGAGAGCCAUGACUACCAAAAACUUUUCCCCACUAGCACCUUGGAGACCGGUUGGGAUAUUCUUUUCUUCUGGGUCGCGAGAAUGAUCAUGCUCAGUCUUAAGCUGACAGGAAAGGUUCCUUUCAAAGAGGUCUAUUGUCAUUCCUUGAUUCGAGACAGUGAAGGCCGUAAGAUGAGCAAGUCCCUGGGUAACGUCAUUGAUCCUCUUGAUGUUCAAAGGGGUAUUACUCUGGAUGCCCUCCAUGAAAAGCUGAAGCAAGGCAACCUUGCUGAAAAGGAAAUUGGAGUGGCUACCAAGUACCAGAAGAAGGCUUUCCCCAAAGGUAUUCCAGAGUGUGGUGCCGAUGCUCUUCGUAUGGCUCUUGUCUCUUACACCACUGGCGGUGGUGACAUUGCAUUCGAUGUUAACGUUAUCUUCGGAUACCGUCGAUUCUGCAAUAAGAUCUACCAGGCUACCAAGUUCGUUCUUGGUAAAUUGGGAUCUGACUUCGUUCCUCUCCCCAAGCCUACCAAGACCGGACGCGAGUCUCUCCCUGAACGUUGGAUCUUGCAAAAAUUCAACACAGCUGCCAAGGAGAUCAACAACGCUAUCGAGACUCGAGAGUUCUCUGUCUCUGCAUCAACAGCCUACCAGUAUAUCUACUCACAACUCUGUGAUGUCUACAUUGAGAAUUCCAAGUCUUUGCUGCAGUCUGAUGCGCCCGCCGAAGUUCAAGAAUCAGCCAAACAGACUCUUUACACCGCCCUUGAAGGAAGUCUUUUGCUGAUUCACCCCAUCAUGCCUUACAUCACCGAAGACCUCUGGCAAAGACUCCCCCGCCGUCAAGGAGACAAGACCGAGUCCAUCAUGGUGGCCCGUUUCCCCGAAUACAACGCUGAAUUUGAUGACGAGGCUGCCGAAAAGGCAUACGAACUUGUCCUCGACACUUCCAAAGCCAUCCGUUCCAUCCUCGCUCAAUACGACGUUAAGGAGAAAUCCGACCUUAUCCUCGCCACUUACAACGAGUCAAGCCACAAGACCAUCUCCGACGAAGUCGUUGCCAUCAAAUCUCUAGGCGGCAAGUACGCUGGCGAAAUCACCGUGCUUGGACCCGACAGCAAGUCCCGUCCAGAUGGUUGUGUCGUGAGCCCCGUUGGUGCCGAUGCUGCCGUCUACCUCAAGGUCUCGAAGCAGGUCGCCCUAGAGCAGGCUGAGAAGGCCAAGGCCAACCUCCAGAAGACGCUUGACCUUGUGUCUAAGAUCCAAAAGACCAUGAACACCCCUGGAUGGAGGGAGAAGGUCAAGAUCGAGGUCCAGGAACAAGAAGAGAAGAAGCUGCGGGACGCAGAGGGUGAAGCCGCGCUUAUCGAGGAACAGAUUCGUGAUUUGGAGAAGUUGCGUUUGGAUGCUUAA